UAAAAUGGAAUAGCAUGUCUCAUAAAGUAACUGGAUUGAAUUUGCCCCUCCAGGACCCUUAAUCCCCGUCCGAUCCCUCCGAUCCAAUCCUUCCUCAUCCUACGCUCCGAAUCUCCCUCUCCACAGUCCCUGUAAAUGGCCGCGGAGUUGCAGCCAACGGAAGGCCCCAUCGACUCAGACCUGGCAGCGACUGCUCCAGAGAUGGCGGCUACUACAACGGUGAUAGUCCCCGCACAAACAGAGAACCCGGGGCAAAUCCAGGCCCCAGCAAAACGACAGCGCCGGCCGAGUGUUCGUUUAGGUGAGAUCGGAGACCAGCCGGUCACUCUCAACCACGACACGCAGAUGCGUAGCGCUAACCGCUACAAGCACCCGUCUUGGCGUCUCCCUAGAGAGUCCUCCAAAUCUUCCAAGGCACGUUCUUCAACCAAUCUGGUGAACGGGAACAACAACAUCAACGAUACCCACAGUCAUAAUUACGAUCGCGAGCCCGAAGAGAAUACUCAAAACGGCGACUUGACUCUCGAAUUCGGGCACCAGAAGGCGAAAGCGAAAAGAGGGACCACGAAAAGAGUGAGAUCGAGUUGGAUAUCAUCAAGAGUGGACGAAGCCGAGGGGAACAGUAGGGAGGAAGGGGAUGAAGGGUUUAGGGAUUUCGCUCCGGACUCGGAGAGUCCAUUGGAGGACCCGAGCCCCGUUCAUUCUGCUGAUAACAUGGCUCUGGAUAUGUGGCAGAGUGUGCCCAGGAGGCCUGGUCGGACUAGGGUUUCUGAGAGCAGAGAAAACGACGCCGUUGAGAUGCAUAUUUUGCACGAGACGGAUUCUAGGGACCAGAAAUGCGGCACUAGUGAGGGCGUGAGGACAUGGCUGACCGAAUUGGGGCUGAGCAGAUAUGCACCUGUUUUCGAGAUACAUGAAGUGGAUGAGGAGGUGUUGCCAUUGCUGGCACUGGAGGAUCUCAAGGAUAUGGGGAUAAAUGCGGUGGGUUCCAGGAGGAAAAUCUACACUGCGAUCCAGAAGCUUCGCAAGGGGUUCUCGUGAGUUUUGUACUAUUUUUGGUUGGUAUAGAUCCUGUAACAUAAUCUACUUCAUAUGGGCUGAGUUUGAUAAAAAAUGCUUGUCUGAGAUGGUUUGAGCCUUUCUUUCAGGGUGACUGAUAAUGAAAUUAUGAACUUUUUCUCUGAAUUGGCAAUUAUGGAUUUCAACGAUUACCUUUGUUCUCUUUCAUUGUCUGUUGUUUUGACUUCAUUGGUAUCACAUAUGGUU